AGGUGCAUUGUGUCGUGAGCGCGCGCGGAAAAAAGGCGAAAUCGUUUCUUCUCUGAGGCUGUGGUAGCCCAGAGUCUGCCUGGAGUACUACUGUGCGGAUCGUGGUCUACUACGGAUACACGAAUUCGUCGUCGAGGCGCGGAACGUUUUUUUUUCGGGAAGAUUAAAUAAUAGGAUUCCGCAGUCGAUUUUCCUCCUUGCACCGUGCUGCGAAACUAAAAUUCAGUGUCGAAAUAGUGUGCCGCAGAACUAGAAAGUGAUUGCUUAAUUAAUUGUUGGUGCAGUGAUCUUUUUUCCUCCAGGAAACCCGGAUAGAUGGCGAGUGAAAAGACAAAUUGAGUCUGGGUCUGUUCUUUUAGGCGGAACGUGAAAAUUUUUGGCCACCCGUGUUUAGUCGUGGGGAAAUUUUUGAGAGGUGUUCGAUGAGAAAAGGAAAAACCUGACGGAUGGUACGGUGAAAAUUAUCUGUAGAAUUCUCGAAACAAGAACGGCUUGGUCGAACGAGAAAAUGCAAUAUUGGCCUUGAAGCCGUAUGACCUGAUCCUAAGAGUGCGUUUGUGAAUUGAAAAUUUAUUACCUGGUGGCACGCUUGCCAAGUUUUUUUUUUCUCUUCGUUUUGUCUGGCGAUUAGUGAAUCAAUUGUUGGUAGAAGGAAUUUUCUUCGCUUCGAAUGUUUGGUUUGGUGUAAAAUUGGAAGUUCUAAUUGGCAUGUUGGAAAAAGUUCUAUUCGAAAAAUCGAAAGAUUGUGCGAAUUGUAUGUCCGUCCUUGGGUUAGUGAAUUUUUUGGUCCAAAUCUAAUGGUAGUGAAAAUUUGACUCACGGGAGUUGUGCUGAGGAUUGACACCCAGGAAGUAGAAUAGUAUUGCACAUGAAAAUGUAAAAAGAAGAACGUGAAUAACGCCAUUCGAGAACGGAGUGGGAAAGUAAAAAACAGGAAUUACAAGGAUAUCGACCAAAUUGUUCGUCUUAGCUGGUGAUAAAGGAUAAAACAAGUACCAUUUGGUAAUUAAAUUUCCUUCUAUGGGGGUAGUAAAAGUUUCACCCUCCACUGCUUGUGAGUGAACCGUGAGAGUUGGGUUGUAUGUGCGAUUUUUGGUGUAAAAUUUUCGGUAGGACACGCGCGCGUCUCCCACCAUUUUUGGCACUGUAUGUGUUUCGUUGCGCUUCCGACAGCGUCUGUAGUGGUGCUCAGAAAGGACUCCCACCCCUACUCGUGGAGCCACUACUCCACCCAUCAACCCAACUCGUAACCAGAGAAAUGGGAAAACACCGACCCGUCGUAAAAUGAUUCCGCCUGUGCAAGCCUGACUCGCUGGAGUGCUGCUAUACUAUUUGACGAGUGAGCGUUAUCCAAAAAAGAAAGAACCCUAACAAGUACAAAAGGAACAACAAGAAGAGAAGUUUAUCGAGCGUGUGGAAUAUAUACCAACCAUAAAACAAGUAGAUAAAUAAAUCAUAAAAAGCGAGAUCCUCGCCAAGAAUACGAAACCUCGGAAAAACAGUGCCAAAACAGCGCCGCAUAUCGAAUACCCAUCAUCAUCAUCCACCAGCGAGGAGUGCAACGAACAGAAACAACGACGAUGAUGGAUCCCCCGAGGAAGCGAAGCCUUGUAACGGGGGAUCAUCGUCGAAUUCGUUUGUUGACUGGGAUAAUGGCGUUUGUCUUUCUGACGAUGCUGGCGACAAGCGUGGUGACGGUGGUAGCCGAUCCGGAUGAGGACAUUCCGCACAACGAGGUCCGAAAUUGGGCCAUCCGCUUCGGUGUGGAUCUCUGGGAGUUUGGCCGACAGUUCACCAAAGCGAACGAGAUAAGAAAUAAAUACAAGGACUACGAUUUGGACGUUAAUCGUAAGGAUGGAAUCCUGCUGCUACGUGAGCUGGCGACUGAGGUGAAGAAUUUUAUGGAUUUUAAAAUGAACGCUGUCAUGCGAAUAAUGGAUUCGGCCGAACAGGCGGCACUUUCCGAGUCGGACCCGGAGAGCGGUGCGUCCAAAUCGCACGGCAACGGGUUCUACGAUGCGAGACGGAUAAACGAGUAUCAAUCGGACGGACGGCUGGCCGAAGGCUCUCGACAGAUGCUGCUGCGGCACAUGCGACGGUUCGAGGGCUAUCCGGUCAAUAUUAGCCUCAGUGCCGUACUGAUGGCGAACGGGGUGAACCUAGAAGACCCCGAGACGCAAGCCGCCAUCAAAUGGUCGUCGCAUCUGGACCCCCUGUUUGCAAACAACAUCGAGAGAGAUUCCGCCCUAUCGUGGCAAUAUUUUGGAUCCAGUUCUGGGUUUCUGCGACGCUUCCCCGGAACAGCUUGGCCGCCGGAAACGUCCUACGGCAGUAAAGAGAUCAGUGAUUUUCGAACGGAGGAUUGGUUCAUUCAGGCGGCUUCUUCGCCGAAGGAUGUGAUGAUUCUUCUCGAUUCUUCGGGGUCCAUGAGCGGAAAAGAAUACCAGCUUGCAGUUGCUACUGCUUCCGCCAUCAUGGAUACGCUAGGCGAUGACGACUACUUCAAUUUAAUUUCAUUCUCCGACCAAGCGAGAGUAAUAGUUCAGUGCUUCCAGGAUAAAAUGGUUCGAGCAACACCCGACAACAUCAAGGAGGUAAAAACGGCAAUUCAAUCGGUUGAAUGUGAAAAUACGGCAAACUUUUCCGCCGCAUUAGAAUCGGCCUUUGAGUUGCUGCGAAGGUAUAAUCAGAGCUCCCAAGGAAGUCAGUGUAAUCAAGCCAUCAUGUUGAUUACCGAUGGACCAAGUGAUACCUUCGCCGAUGUGAUCAAACAUUACAACCAUCCUCAUAUGCCCGUCAGGAUAUUUACCUACCUUAUCGGAACGGACAAGAGCAGUGGGAAGAAUUUGUACCAAAUGGCUUGUGAUAAUAAAGGCUUCUACGUACAAAUUAAUAGCGUCGAGGAAGCUAAACGGAAAGUAGUUGAAUACGCUCUGGUGAUGGCCCGACCUAUGGUUUUGUACCAAGCAGAUCACCCCGUCCACUGGAGUCCGGUGUUCACCGGAGGUCGUAGCGGUAUUCUAGGACGCGAGAAUGAAAACAAACGUAAACUGGUAACGACUGUUUCGACUCCGGUAUUCGAUCGUCGAAACCACUCAUCGCGAGCUGCCAAUUUGCUGGGAGUAGUGGGUACCGAUGUUCCUAUUGAGGAGAUUCAGAAAAUGAUUCCACAGCAUAAGUUGGGUGUGAAUGGGUAUUCCUUUAUUGUGGAUAACAACGGACGGGUUUUGUACCAUCCGGAUUUACGGCCUAUGAGUGACAACGGACAGUACAGUGCAUCUCUGAAGCAUAAGUACAAUUCGGUUGACUUAACAGAAGUUGAGCUACCUGAAGUGGACAAUCCCAGCAAUGGGAUUAAUGAACGGCAUGAGCACAGGUUCACAAAUGUUCUUCAAGAGCUGCGAAACGAAAUGGUUCUUCAGAAAGAAGGCGAGAAUGAGUUGACCAUCCUAACUCACAUGGAUGGGAUGAAGCGUGUUACAUUGAGGCCUCAAAAGUACUUUUACGGCCCAAUCGAUGGUACUCCAUUCUCGUUGGGAAUAGCUCUUCCCGAUAACUACGGUAUUCAUGAAUUGAAUGCUCAAAUAGAGAUUCGGCAUUCGCACAACAAUGUCACAGAACAUUUCCAAGGCUUCAAUUGGAAGGUGCACCCGGAUUGGGUGUACUGUGAAUACAACAGUCUCAAAGACGUAGAAAACAAUGGCGAGAGUACGACGGAAUCCACCUACCGGGACAAGGACGAAAGUUUCGACACACCUGAAGAACAAGUGCUUCAUUUCCUGGCCCGCGUCGGCAGGCCCGGCUGGAAGUGGAUGUCGGUUCGUCCCCGGUCGCCUCAGCCACAUCAUGGCCAUGGUGGAAUUCCGGUUGGGCAUUUUGCUCAGCAUCAUUUCAAUUCGCAAGGUUCCCGCAAGGCGGAACCAUACUACUGCGAUCGUACUCUCGUGCAAAGCCUAGUGCGUGAUGCUAUUGUUACGGAUGGUUUGGAUCGAGCGUCAACCCAUCCCGGAAGAAAGGAGGACAGGAGACAAGGAUUUUCUAUGUUCGAUGUGCAGACGACAUUCGUUGCUACCCGAUCGGGAUUACUUCGGUGGUUUGACCAUUUGCCGCACAAUGAGAACUCAGAACCUCAUUUCAGCGAGACAAAUGCUCGAGCGAUGGACAUGAGCUGGUAUAAGCGAGCGGUUGAUCACCAUUCUAUCGAACCGGAUGGUUUUGUGUUCAGUGUGCCAUUCGACUCUGGAUAUUCUGGCAAAAAUAGUUCAAUACUUGUCACUGCAACCCACGCUCUUUUCAUCGAUCACCGUGGUCAUAAAGCUCCAGCAGCAGUUGUAGGGUUACAGUUCCAUCACGAUUCACUUUCAAAGCUUUUUAAUAACAUAACAUCGAGUUGUACUGGCUCGGGAUCUUCCUGCAAAAAGACAUGUGCUUCCGACGAACUGGAUUGCUACCUGCUGGACGACAACGGAUUCGUCAUUCUAUCCGAGCGGAACGAGCAUACUGGGAAAUUUUUCGGUCAGAUCGAUGGCACCAUCAUGGAUUCUCUGGUUCAAGAUCGCAUCUACCGGAGGAUAGCUUUCAUGGACUACCAAGGCAUUUGCUCCGAUCGCGACAACCCAUACACGGCUGCAGGAGAACCUCUGAAACCGAUACGUCCCAUGUCUUGGCUGCUGAAGUACAUCAUUUCCUUUGCCACCUAUUGGUUAUCCAUUCUGCCUACUCCGGUAGCAUCGUGGCAUCAGAGCAAUAGCUACUAUGACAGCGAAAACGACUUUGAAGAGGUUUAUGAGUACGAGAACAACUACGAAAUGCCAGCAGAACAUAAUCCGUACGAUUUCACGACACCUGACUACGAACUGCAUUCAACACCCAUGCCGCAACGAUCGCAGGUUACGUCCGGACCUCGGGUGGUACCUGAUCCGGCCCACGCCAGACCGUGUGAUCUCAAAACAGACUUGUAUAUACUGCAACCUGAUCGGUUGAACUCCAGUGGACAGAACAAUCCACUCAAGGGUAAACUGACGAACUGUCACUCCUCGGGUUGUGAGCGACCCUUCAGCGUGCAGAAGAUUCCUCACAGUAACCUAAUUUUGCUGGUCGUGGACGUGUUGUGUCCGUGUGGUUCCAAGCAGUUGGACAUCGAACCGCAAGAAGUGCAUGGCGGUGCAGGUAAGUUAGGAGCAUGCGGAGUACGGCGGAUGGCCAAGGAAAAAAUGCUCCGGAAGCGACCAAAUCGCUGCAUCAGCUACCACCCGGAGGAAAUCGAAAUCAAGCAGUGCGGUACUGCCACCGGCCUUUUCCGAGCGUCGAUCUUCUCGACGAUAGCGACGUUUGUGCUGAUAUGGGUGCUAACCAGCGCGUGAUAAAGCACAUGCUUGGUAGAUUGCUAGACCUCAACGACUACUACGAAACUCGACUAAUUCUAACCCUAAUCACCAUUGCACAGUAGCGACUUUACACGGAUUAAGUGGUCAUCUGCGUAUGAUCAUGCGCGGAACAAAAGCAGAAACAGUCAUCAACGCCAACGGAGCAAACAAUUGGCUUAUCCGAGAAAGUGUUCAUCGAUCGAGGGUAUUUUUUACAAGAACGUUAUAUUAGACGGCAGUAAGUUGCAAAGCCAGAAUCGACGAUUUAUGGUUAUUUUUCCUAUUUUUCGAGAUAGAAUUUGAGACUCAGCAGUUCGAGGAGGGACUAUAAGUUGUAAGACGAGAUGAAGUUCUAAGUGUAUACACAUUAACUAAACCGGUAACAGCAAACGAUUUAACAUCAAGCUCCGACUAACGAUAAUCGAACGAAACAACAAAUCCCACACGCAGAAUCGAUGCCACCAGUGUUAGACUGAUGCAAAGCAUUAGAAAAAAAAGAUCACCAAAAGUUAAUGCUUUUGGUUCAGAACCAAAUUGGCCGAAGCACAGAUCACUAAAAAAAUGUAAAUGCUGCACCACUGUCUAGUAAAUCCAAAUGUUAUGGCAACCCGAUGAAAGAAGAAACCAACUUAAACGUAAUGGACAAUACGAUGUUUAAAACUUUAGCAAAUAUAAAGAAAACUGAAUCAAAUUUGAAUUUUAAGGACAAAAUAAGCAAGAAAGAAAAGAAAAAAAAAACAACUGUCUGUGGUACGUUUUUUCGAUUUAUUGAUCACAUUUUAGGAGAAGAAAAUAAAACGAAACUAAACUCUAUUCGUAAGACACAUCGUUUAAGGCAAACCAAGUGAAUAAAACACCCUACUCUAUUUGUCGAAGCGGAAACAGCAACAGCAAGCACAGAAAUCACCAAACUAUGACACGUGACAGGAAGAGACAGGAUCACAUUUAUCGAGUUAGUAGCGGUAUCUGGGAGGGAAACUGUAAGAUAUAGCAUUAUAUAGGAAGAGCGCAGAUUUUAGGACUGUAUAGUUAAUAAAUAAAUUGUAGCGUUAGCUGUCAGUGAAACAAAAUUGUUCAUAGAGGCAUUAUGUUGGUAGUUAAAAUUUUGACAGAGUGUAUCGAACGGUUAGCGAAAUUCGGUUGAAUAUUUUUCCGUUAAACGAAUUGUACCUUUUCAUAGCACCGGGCUAGAUGGAGAAAGUUAGGCAGGCGAUAAUUUACGAGUGUUGAUCCGUGUAUUUCUUUUGGUUUUAAUAGUGAAUUCUGAAUUUAUUUUAUGAGAUAGUUAGAGCAUUUGGUCAUCGGAAGAACCUGAAUCCGGAAAGAAGCGAGCUUAAUUUAGAAGAAGAAUCUAUUCGUUAUGAGUUUCCAUAGUUUGAACCUUUGAAAGAAGGCAGAGGGAAAAAGUCAAAUAAAUCUGUUAAAAAUUCGUCGGAAGUUUGUGCUCUUACUAUUUAUGUUUGGUAUGCACUGGAACUCAGUAGCAUUGUUUUCCGGACCUGAAACUCUAUACAUAUUCCAGUACUGUUUCUAUAUCCGUCGCGUAACGUAUCGAUAAGCUUGGAAAGGCUGACUUUAUUUUUAUUUGAGAAAAAAGAAGUGAGUUUGUAAUUAGUUGUAAAUAUGUCGAUUGGGAACUGCAGCUUCUGUUGGGUUCUCUUCUACCAUUCCAGAUUAAGGUACAACGUUUAGCGAAGGCGUAAGCUUAUGUUGAUAGUGAAAACAUUUAUUUUUAUCGAAUGACGAUGAUUUGGAUUGAACACAGAUAUUCAUUUAUUUUUACUGAAGUAAUGGAUAUCAGUUUGUGUGCUUUAGAUUGCUUGAAUAGUAGCUAUUGAACUAUUUGUUUCAGAGAAGCACUUUUGUUAAGGAGGAAGUAAAAUGGACAGCCAACAACCACGGGUUUUAACUGAGUGUUUGUGCUUCCGUUCGGUGUUGCACUACCGCAGUUAUAAUACUGACAAACAUCCACCAUUAGAUUAACGACCAAUUUGAAUUUGAUUUGUUGCCCGCAAGAAAACGCUUCGGUUGCUGCUUUGUUUGACCGUGUGUGAAGUUGUUUGAACAACCAUUUCACGGUUGGCGUUUCGGUUGAAAAAAAAAAACAAAACGGUUUGAUUUUGGUUUGACUUGUCGGGAGCGGAGUCAAAGUUCGCCGAAUAUGAUUGAGCGUUUGUAGUCGCACAAACCCCCAUACAUUCUUUGAUGGUUGAUGUUCAAGUUGGCGCUUCGAUCGUUCGUGUGUGAUAUUGUUGGUCGGAUGAAUUGAGUGUUCGAGCCGCUGUUGGUGGUGUUUGUUGGAUGCUUGACUAAACGAGAGGUGGAGUCAAUGUUGGUCAAACUGCUUGACCACUGUGUCCGCUCCAUUACGUUCAUCGGUUCAAUUUUAGGGUGCGUUUAAGAAAAAUUCUCGGCAUUUUCGAUUGAUUCCCUCCAUUAGAGACUGUGCAGUCGUUUCCAGUACGUUUUUCUCAGUUUUCUCUACUUCUUCAUAAUUUCCGUUUUCUUUCUCUUUUCCUUUUGCCUUUCGAAGUUUUCGCUUCAUCAUGACCAAAUAGAUUUCGGUUGGACGUAGUUCAGGACAUUUGGGUGGGUUCAUGUCUUUCAGCACAAAAUCCACAGAAUUCACCGCAUACCACUCGGCGCGGUUUUGGAAUAGUGACAUAAAACUUAAUCGGGAGCAUAGCAUUAGCAUUAGCACUGUUACGGUGUAAUUCGUAGAUUGGACACUAGUGAUACUCAUGUUUUACUUUUGAGAAAUCAAGAAGAGGAGUGGUCCUUGAUUUCAGUCUUAAAGAAAAAAAACAAAAGCAUGAGGAUUACUACUCCUGGCCACGCCCAACUUCACUGUAACUAGGGAGAGGAAGGAAGUGUUGAUGUAGUACUUACUUAACGAGGGGCCACCGACUUAGCGACACCCUCAUAAGUACCACGGAGUUGGAUAAUGAGGAAGGUAUUCGUUGGGUCAGGAUUUGCCUGUAGCUUAGAAUGUAACCGUAGUAGAUCUUACCCCGUAACACACCACGUAAAGGUGUCUACCCAGCCUUACGGGUAAAGGGAUAAAACUUAUUCGGGAGUAGUGACAUGAAGUUGAAUGGAAAACAACGGUGUUUGAUCGUGCGGUCUCAAAACACGACAAAAGCCUUUUUCGGUGCAACUCACUUUUGUAUAAGUGUAUAAAAUCCUUUCGCAAGCGGUUUGCAGAUUUUUUUUCAUCUCGACCGUAAUCUUCUUGACAACUGUAUCAAUGAGCUAGAUUUUACUGAGGUGGCACAGAUCGGGACUGCGUACCACUAGUUGUCUCUUUUAUUCUCCGCUGAUCUACGCCACCUUAGUAAAGUUUAGUCCUUUGCAACUGCGUAACUGCACAGAUGUAAAUAAUACACUCUAAAGAAAACCUGUGCAACAUAUGGCGAACUUCGGUGAAGCAGAAAAAAAGUAACGCAGAUUUAAAAGUGGCACAAUAGUUAACGACUCACUCUUUACGCAACAGCUCUCCCGGCAUACGGUCACAGAUCCAGCCCACUGUAAAUAUAUCUGCAGUUUUGUACACUUGGUACAACUCGUGUCGAAUGCAGGAUUUUUCUUUCAAACACUCCGAGAAUUAGAUAGCCUGCAUUUUUUAACGUCCACGUCCAUGUUCAAUGGCAAAUGGGAGACUGAAUGAAUCAACGAUGUGUACAGAGCUAGUUUUGUUCGUGUCUGUAAGCUGCGAGACUUUAGCUGGCUAGGCAAAACGUAGAUAGUCCUACUUGCAGAGCCGCAACACAUAUUUCCACCUCACGGCUAACACUUUUAUCAUACGUAAUGAGUAGUAAGUCCAUCAACCAGCUCGAAGGCAUUUCUCCUCCCUCUUAAAUCAUUUCAAUCACUUGGUGGGUUUUUCAUUAGGCAGGUCACUUCCAACUUUAAGAAGCUCGGCCGCAAUUCCGUCCUUGCCAGCGGUUUUAUCGUUUUUCAGCUCUGAGUGAGUGAGUGAUUCAACUGCCUGUCCAUCAUCGUCAAUUCUGAUUUUGUUUGUGGCUACUCUGCCGAAGUGCUCCUUCCACCUUGCAGCCACCCCAGCCGGUCAGUCAGUCAAAAGAUUUCUGGAUCAUGUGUGGCGCCAGUGCACUCUUCUAGCGCAUGUUGUUUAUCGUUUUGUAGAACUUCAGCGCGUCGUUUCUGUAAGAGCUUCCCUCUGCAUCCGAGAGUACUUUUUCGUCGUAAACCCGUUUCUGACGCCGCUGGAGUUUUUCUCAGCUGUCCUUAGUUAUUUAUAUCGUUCUCAAUUUUGGCGUAUAGCCACUACGUACAUGCGGCUCCUGGCCUGGUUUUUCUCCUCUGUCGCUGUUCGGCACUCCACAUCUGUGGCUGUUGUAUUGACCGUCUUGUGUACUUAUUGCCACAAUGCAUUCAAUUUUUCUCCAGAUGGGUGUCCUCUGAUUCGUUCGUCGAGCUUCUGAGCGAAUUGCUCCACAACGUCCUCACCCGAUAGUCGCUAUAUAUUCAGCCGCAUGUUUCUUUCACCUGUGACGCUGGAAAGCUCUACGCGAAUCUUACAUAGCAUCAGAUAGUGGGCCUCGGAAGGUCCUUCCAUCUAUGAAAUAUGAGACAUCUGAGAAAUGCCGACCGUCUACCAAAGCAUCCACUAAGAGAGCAGCUUUUAGAAUUUUCUCAAAACAUCGAACGCUACCUCUAAGAAACCAUUAUGUGAGGCUUAAUCAUGAAUACCAACGAGCAUGUCGGCAAAGCUUUGCACGGUACCAACGAGAUCUUGAGCUCAAAUUCAAAUCUAAACCAAAAUCCUUCUGGAACUACGUCAACGAACAGCGCAAGGAAUCCGGGCUUCCAUCGACAAUGAAUUUGAAUGGUGAAAUCGCCUUAACUACUCAGGAAGUUUGCCGCCUAUUUGCCGAAAAAUUCGCGAGCGUUUUCAGUGACGAAAGGAUGAGUGACAGCCAAGUCUCUAUCGCAGCAGGGAACGUUCCCCUAAACAACCAGUCUUUGGGUGCAUUCAACAUCGAUUAUGACAUUAUCCUGAGAGUCGCAAAUCAGUUAAAAUCGUCAAAAAAUCCAAAGCCCGGCGGCGUACCGGCUAAUGUUCCCAGUCCACGAAAAGGGAGACAAACGCGAUGUGAUCAACUAUCGAGGGAUUACGUCAUUGCGUGCCGUCUCGAAGCUGUUCGAACUCGUCAUUAUGGAACCACUGCUUUCACACUGUAAGCCACUUCUUAGUGAUGAUCAGCACGGAUUUACUGUCGGUCGCUCAACUUCCACCAAUUUACUGUGCCUCACGUCCUACGUCACAAACAGUCUAACAGAACUGGCUCAAACGGAUGUUAUUUAUACUGACCUCUCUGCAGCUUUCGAUAAGAAUAAUCACUCAUUAGCCAUUACUAAACUGGACCGAUUCGGUGUCAGCGGAGGUCUGCUGAACUGGUUUCAUUCAUAUCUUUCUGACCGCUAUCUGACCGUAGCUAUUGGGGAAUGCACCUCUAAAAGUUUUCAUGCACCAACCGGUAUACCACAAGGGAGUCAUCUAGAACCACUGAUCUUUUUCAACUAUGUACACCUCGUUAUCGAAUGUCCUCGGUUGUCCUACGCAGAUGACCUUAAAAUCAUUUCAGAAAUACAUACAUUGUCAGCUCUUACAACGUCAACUAGAUCGCUUCGUGGAUUGGUGCUCUCUAAACCGAAUGAACGUCCAGCCACGCAUGCUCCGUAAUAGCCAUAUGUUGAGGCUGCCCUUUCGUCGUACAAAUUAUGGCAUGCAUGGGGAGCUAUAUGUGGUAGGGUGGUUCAAAAAAUCGAUUUUGCUCCACAGUGCUCAUCUGAUUUUUUACCAUGUUCUGAGUGACCUCUGAAAAUUUGAGCUCAUUUGGAUUAAAACUGAUUUAGCACAAGCCGUUUCAAGUUUGCAUGCAAAUUAGUACAUAUGGGGAAAUUUAUUUUUUCAUUAUACUGUUAAUGACGCUUCCCCAUCAAGCGCAUGUUAAAAGAAAACCUACAUAGCUAAAAGGAAUACUCAACAGCUUUCACUCAGUGAAAACCGCAUCUCAAUUAAUCGUUCCAAUAAUUAGUAAUCGAAUUUAAUCUAUACCGUGGUUUUCUGGAGCUAAUUGCAUAACUCAUCAACAGGCAACAUUGCUGCUCGUGGCGCGAAAGAUAGCAAUUCAGAAAGAAAAUUCAGGCUACUAUGUUGCACUGCACAUUUCAGUGAUGCCCUCAAAGAAGUUUAAUGAUCAUGACUAAAGAUUCGCAACCUGUCUUAAAAGCAGGUCUUAGAGCACUGUGGAGCAAAAUCGAUUUUUUGAACCACCCUAAAUGUGGCCUACAGUCUUCAACAGAGUCGCAUCACUCGCACCACACGGAGCAUGUAAAGCCGAAGAUUUUCAUCCUUCUUCGCAGGCAUAAACAGACGAAGACAAUGAUUUUUUUUUCAAAUACUCUACAUCAUUGGGGCCAAAUGUAGCCUGUUGACAGUGUUGCCACAAGUGCAGAUUUAUCUGGAAAGGUACAGAUUUUUUAACAAAUUUUGGUACAGAUUCUGAACGGUACAGAUUACAGAUUUUUACCAAAAAGUACAGAUUGGUACAGAUUUUUAACACAGCAUUAGAAAAGUAAAUUUACUUCUGUUAAUCAUUCUCUGACGAUAGGAAUGAUUGCGAUUUUCAUUUGAGAUUUUUCCAGAUGAGAACAGUAGGCAAGUUCAGUGUUGGGAAAAACUCAAAAUCUCAAAACUCAUAAACGAUUCAAAUCACUCGUGAGUUGAAACGCACCCAACUCAGCACCUAAAAAAUCAUGGCUGAGUUGAUUCAUCCAUUUGAAUCAUCGUAGGUUUUCUUUUGUUCUCCUUCGUAAAAUAACAGUCAACUAGCGUUCAACACAUAGAACAAUGGAUACUCUUGCGUUUGUAAACAAUAAAUUGCCCCCAAAUUAAUUAUAAACACUUUUUAGAGCGAAAUGAUUUUUUGGGAAAUGAGUGAAAUGAUUCGUUUUAGCAUGAAAAACUCAGACGUGAUGCAUUAUUUUAAAAUCGCAAAUGAGUUAGUUCGCGCGGGAGAGCUCAAUGAUUGGGUUUUAUGAAUGAUUUUACCAACACUGGGCAAGUUAUCACCGAUUAUAACUUCUCAUCAAACUAUAAUAAACACAAAAUUAUCAUUCGAAUAUAAACCUGAUUAAUACCAACUAUAUGUCAACAGUACCGUUAAAUAUUGUUUCGUGUUAUGGCUCUGCGAUAGAAUUUCUUCCUAUUAGUUCAAAACGUAAUACUAACGAUAAAUACUUGAAACUAAGAUACAUUUUUGAACGAUUCUUAUUCGCUGGUGAGUUUUUAUCAAUUGAUAAUUCAAACUUACAUCGCGUGUGAGUGUUCAUCAGCUUUGAUUUAUAUAAAACAUAAUCUUUCCAAUCUCUGCUCUGUUAUAAAACAAAUGUUUAAAAAUGCAAGUCAAAACGAGGAAUUUGUAUUCUAUUUAGUUUUAAUGUCAUAUAAAACUAUCGUUGAAAAAUGACAAAAUAAUAUCAACUCAUCCCUAGUAACACUGAUGGUUCUAUCAUGGUUUUAUAGCAUACUUGAAGAGUAAAUCGUUGUCUCCAAUAGCAUUAUAAAUCAUUAUUAUUACUUGGGAUGCAGGAAAAAAUAUUGAAUACUAGUCGACCCGGCAGACGUUGUCCUGCAUAGUAGGCGAAAAUGCGCGUUCUGAGCUGCCCAUGCAAAAUUUCCAUACGUAUCUUUAUUUUAGUUUUUUAGGAUUUACUCAAUUUUAGUCGUGGUUUUCGUAGGAAUGAAUAUCAUAUAAACCCGUCGGAAACAAUAACGAACAUAUCUGCUGAAGAAAUGAAGAAAAUGUAUCCAGCCUUUUUCGAGUUAUGCGGAUACGAACACAGACCAUUUCAUUUAUCAUCUAAUGAUUCGACGCUGCUACUUAUCAAGCACUAUGAAACCAACUCCAUUCUCCACCUUCUCGCCAGAGAUGCAUCUUGAACAGAACAUGAGCCAAGAGCGUGCCUUGGUGUUCUUAGUUUUGAACUCAGAACACAGUUCAGUGUGCACUGGGUCGAUACGCAAGCAAAACGAUCAUGGUAACUAAGAUUCCUUAGAUUUGGAACUAUGCAAAAACAUACGAGCAUGCUUGAUUUCUAUCCGUUAGAUGCCCACGUGUUCCAUUACUAGCCGAAAAAUGUGUAGCAUGCCAUCGCUUGAAUUUGUUUUCCUAGGAUACAAGUUGCUAAGUUAGGUCAGUGCUCUUGAACAGUGUGUAGUGUGCAGAACGUUUUGAACACGAACACGCGUUCUCGUGUUCAGAUGCAUCUCUGCUUCUCGCUACCACUGUAGUAGAUGUGAUACUUGAAUUAGGUACUGGCAAUUGGGUCCAGUGCGCGAAGCUCCCGUACUCCUGUUCCACGCAAUCGGAUCUUCUGAAGCGCUGCAAGCUGCACCUUCAUUUUCUGCAGCUCUCGUGUAAGGAGGGCAACUCGUGAAGGUUCCAACUUGGCCCUAAAUUUACAAGUGCCGAGUUUCCAAUUAAUUUUCGUUAAACAUGGCCGCGUACUUAGCCGAUUGUUCAAUCCUGUACUUUAUUUUUUUUCCGUAGGGAAAAAAGAGAUGACAAUACAACUUUUCUCAGUCACUGAGUAGAUGAAUGUUGGCAUGCGGUUAUUUCAUCGGAAACGGUUUGGCAGAAAAUUCCAUUUGUCCAAAGCGUUUGCUUUAACUGGUCUUUCGUAAGUAAGGGUCAUUUGACUGAAAAUGUCAUUUGGCCGAAAAUAUCAUUUGCUGAACGGGUAAUAUCGUCAAAAAUGUCGACUCAUUUUGCCAAACGGCAAUUUUGGAAAAAUACUUUUGACGUAAACUACGUCUAAGGGGAAGACUCGGAUACAGGGUGACAAAUGAAAAUUUCCAAAUUCGAGACCGUCACGAAAUCAUGUAAGAUUUCAAAAGUUAAUAGCUCCAUUAUCUUUCAAUGGAUUUUCGAGAUUUUAUUAUCAAUCUUUUUUUUUGCUUUAUUUAUGUGUUUAUUAUCAAUCGAAUCGGAAUCUCUCCAGCAUUUUUUAAGCCCAUUGAAACUACUGAUUAUCAACGUAAAAACAUUGAAAAUCCAAUUCUUUACCAACCCAGUAAAAUUUCAUAUUUUCGUUACGUCCGCCGUCUGGUGCCAUUGGUUCUUGCGCUCUACUUUUGUGCGGUGAUUCGCACAAAAAGUACAACAACCAAAGUAAUGACCGUGGUCGGAGCAAAAAAAGUGGUGUUUAUGAAAAAGUUCUACAAAUGCUGGACAUGUUUAUGUAAGCAAGAGGUGAUCACUAAAUUUUUUUUUUUUUUUUUUUUUGUUUUUAUUAAGGAGACUUUCAGCAUCAUUAAAAUUGAUUAUCAACUAUAAACAAGGUUAUCUUACUAUUUAGGCAGCACCCCUUUUAAAAUUGCACUUCAAAAGUCACACUACAGUCGAAGAAAGGAAAGGCAUCGUCACCACUGCGGAAUAAUAAAUUUGGGGUUUUUAAAUGAAAAUUUUAAAUUGUCACAUCAAAAUAUUAGUGAGUGAGUUACCUAGUGAGUUACGCUAAUUUUGUUCGAAACACAAAUGAAUUGGUGUGCGAUCGAACAUGAUUUGCGGAAAAACUACACAUUACACGCGGCAAAACGUUUACCAAAACGAACCUCGCUACCUCCCGACCCCAUAUAUCCAACAUUCCAAUGGUUACUCGUGGAAGUGCAGAUGACUCGUCUGCCUCUAUUAAUAUGAGUAUCAUGUCAACAUAUUCCUACCCAUUCAUUAAUUGGCCCGCAUUCGAACACGGCCGGCGCCGGUAUUACUCAAAUUUGGAUCACCCGUUUGUACACAUUGAAGGUUAUAUUAUUCUUAAAUAUCAUCUGUUGGUUCUCUUUCUAAUUACAUCUGGCAGAAACAGAGUAACUACCAUCCCGCAUAAUCAUGGUCCAUACGUAGACCGCAUCUAUUAUAAUUGAAGAGAAUAAGUGUUACUGUAGCGAUGGUCUCACUAAUAGUAGUUAACCAUAAAUGGACAGUCUCAUAUACUGUUUCAACAGUAGUUCAGAUGGUAAACGGCCAAUUGACCAUAUGAGUAAUAGGCGGUUAAGUAUAAUUAACAUUUAAAUCCGGUCGUUUUUUCGAACAAAAAUUUCGAUGUACCAUACAUCAGUUGGUAGAUGUACAAUUGACGAACUAUAUAAUUACACAUCGACAGCAUGGUAUGUAUUAACAGUAAGUGUUGAUGUAGGGUUGGUAUGGUAAAUCAACCUUAAAAUUGUAUGCUAACAAUGAAGCGAAUAGUGACAAUAUAUCUUAUAACGCAUAUGUAAUUUUGACUGCAUGGUAUGUCGUUUUUCAUUAUGCGGGAUGGCUCAUAAGAGUGGUUCAAAUUUUGACUUUUUCGCUCCUCUAUGCUUAAACGGUAGUAUCAGUUGUCUUUCCUAAUUUUUAACAGAUUUGGUUGUAUUUUGACUUAGCACGCGCGAUUUGAAGCUUGAGAAUUACUAUGGAAACAGUAACUUUUUUGGAAAACCGUUUUGCAAUGUUGCUCAUUAAUAUCUAAAAAUAUAUGGCAACAUAGGAAAUUUAGCGAGUGAAUAAAUCGUUUUUGUUGCGAAACAAUUUGCUGCUUGCAAGAAAAAUUAUUAAGGAAAUACUAAAUCGUGGGAAAUUCAAUUGAGCACGUAAAAGAAUAACAUAUCAAUAAUGAGUAUUUUUGUUUUCUUUAUAACUUUGCUUACGAAAGUUCGAUCGGUUCGCAACAACAACCGUCUUACAUAUUAGGAAAUAUUCUUCGAAGUCUUCGGGUUGAUUAUAUUUAGGGGGAGAUCAUCCAGUGCUGGACACAUAAGCCAUUUGAUGAAAAAAAAAACUCUAACUAUCCGGAUUAUGUUUCCUUUUAUACCUUAUACAUAAAAUAUGGCCAUUGAUGAUUCAUACAAGCUAUAUUUGAUUAUUUGAACACGUUUUACGAAGAUGAAUUUUGGAGAAAAAUUUCACGGUUCAGAAAAAUGUCUCCUAGUACCGGACACUAUUGCAUCAAAUGUUCAAAUAUUGUUCAAAUGUGACUAAGUUCCUGUUACAUGAGUAAAGACACCAUUCAGAAUAAUCAUAUUUUUCACAUGCUUCAAGCUGUAAAUAUUAAAAAUUGUUAGUAGAGCUUAUUUGAUUCGUUAGCUAAAUUGUUUACAUCCUAAUCCAAAUUCUCACCUUUUUGAAUGGACUCUUUAAUUUUUGUUUCUGCUAAUUUAUGUGGUUUUCUGAGCAAGAAGAAACAAUUGAAUUGAAGUAAGUGUAACAAAACAGGUGUAAAAAAUGGCUAUGAAAAAUCUCAAUGUCCGAACACCACAAUUACAUGGCACAUCUAACAAAUCAUCAUCAUUAUUUAAAAUAUGGCUAAUAUGGACCAUCUUCACAUAAUCAGAAUGCAUUAGAUUGAUUUUAACAUUGUUGGUUCAAACCUUCUAAAAUAACGCGAAACAUGAAAUUUUUUAACAUUUUUAUUCAAUUUAGUAUUUUGUACAAGGCUUACCACAUGAAGAUCUGAUAUCCCAUGCCGUUAAAAUCCUUUUAAAUAGCUUCCUUUUGUACUUUAUAAGCUGAAGGAGGGAGCUCUGCUUAUUAUUCUUAUUAUCUUAUGAUCUGCUUUACGUAGUUUCCAUCGGGCGGUCGUAUCUUGUAUAUAACCCUUCUGAUUUUUCGUCCAAAGAAUCAUUUGACAAACGUCAGUUUUGGUCAAAUAAGCUGAAUUUCAUUUGGAUGAAUCGAUCGUUUUUCCGAAACAGUUAUUAGGUCAAAAAUGAUUAGGCCGUAAAUAUCAUUUGACCGAGAGCGAAAGGGACAUUCGGCCAAACUGGUAUUUUGGCUGAAAACAUUGUUUGACCUAACAGGUCAUUGGUCGUUUGACCGAAUAGAUCAAUUGACCGAAAUUGUCGUUCGCUAGAAAUGGUCUUUUGAAACAAAGAGCUGUUUGCCCCGAAAGUGUCCUUUCUGCCAAACAACCAUUUGGCCGAACGACUUUUUCGACAAAAUGAGCAGCUCAGCUGAACUACACUUUCGUAUGUCAAUUUCGUCCAAAUGACCCUUUCUGCCAAACGACCGUUUCGACCAAAUGGCAUUUUUUGCCAAAUAACCAAAAUUGUAAUAAUUUGUUACGCUUUUCAAGCAAAAUACAAUGAGCUUCUACUCGAUAUUUAGAAUAUUGUGAUAGAAAGUUCAGAUUUUGUUAAUGUUGUAGCUUGCAGGUUGUCUACAAUGCGAAUUUCGGUUUCAAACCACAAUGCAUCCAAAAAUUGGUGGUUAGUGGCUUGUAAAACUUGUAAAAUUCUCAGAAGGCUGGUAACGUUCAGAACGGUGGUGGUGGAUCACUCUUGCAGAGGCAGAAAGCGCAAAACUGAAGGUAGAAAAAAACCGAAGGUAUUUGUCCAUGAAAAUUCUUCAACUAUCAGUUGAUAGUUAAACUAUCGAUCACCUGAUGAAAAACCGUUAGAGCUAUGUGAAACAGUUAUAUGGCCAACAGAAUUAAUAUUCGAGUAGUAGGAGGGCCACAUGGCACAAUGGUCGGAUUCGUCGAAUUUCACGACAUAAUUCGAUAACUCGAAAACCCACAGCGCUAGAGUUUUGACGUCUUCAGAAGAAAUAAGCUACAAGAAAAGAUCUUUUUUUUGUGUCUUUAUUAAGGAGAAAGAAAAGAUCUAUUUUUGGUGUAAGUUGCCAUUAGGGUGGUGCGGACGAGCUCGGUGGUCUAGUGGCUAUCGCUUCUGCCUUAUAAGCAGGAGGUCGUGGGUUCAAUUCCAGGCUCGUCCCUUUCCUUCUUUGUAUUUCUAUCUUUGUUCUUUCUGUGUUUCACGUUCUACCAGAACGAUUCCUACUGUUAAACCUUCAACACUAACAAUCCAAAAACCUCCCGUGGCACCUAUGAGAGGUCGUAGAGUUCUCUGCAUCUUUCUUAAGUAGGUGUCCAACUAACCAUCCUUCCCCUUCCUCAGCAUUCGCAAGGACGUGGCCAGGACAGAUCUCGACUAUUGGAGAGUGCAUUGCUUCCAUCUAAGAGAUAGCGAUUAGUCCCAAAUCAAUAUCUGUGGUAACGGAUGAAAGUGUUGCUACUCUCAUACAAUAGUCUUGGCUUGUACCACCUACGAAUUUGUGCGAAAUGUUCAAUGCUAAUGCUAAUGCUAAAGUUGCCAUUAGGGUGGUGCGGGCUUGGUAGUCAUAUGGCUACUGCUUCUGCCUCAUAUGCAGGAGGUCGUGGGUUCAAUCCCAGGUCCGUUCCAUUCUCCUACUUUGUAUCUUUCUCUAUAUUUCUCAUGUUCUAGCAAUCGCUAGAACUGGAAAUGGACUUUCAUACCGUUUCCAUUACUAUUCCUAUACCUUCAACUUGAGUAUUCUAACAGUAAUCUGCUAGAAUUGGAAAUGAACUAUAGAGCUCGUUUCCUACAUCCAAUUAGAAAUUCCAUCAGUUGCUUUCUCCUAUCUAUCACAUUAGCAGCUCGUUAACCAAGACGGACCUCUGCCUCUUGAACCUAACCCAAAAAUUCCAACAAAUUCCGCAUGAACUCGUGUCAAGUGCAGAGGUAUAUUCGGCUUGCAGUGGGUGAGUGAUUGCAUCAUCAUUUCCUCCCCCUUCCCUACAUUGACUUUCAUUCUGACGUGGCAGGCGCCAGUAUGACCUAACAACUGAGAUCAUCAGUAAUUGUACAUUGAAGAUGUGUGCUAGUCCCAAGCAAACAUCUGUUGGUUCCCUGUGCAAGAACAGCUGAUCUGGUCAUAAUGCAAUAGCAACUACGAGCAGUCAAUCAAGCUCAAGCUCAAAGCUCAAGCUGAGUUGCCAUUAGGGUGGCCCUUUUGUGACAAAUGUAUUUUUUUAAUCUGUCGAGUUAAGAAAUCGUACCAUUCUACAAAGUUGUUGAAAAUUUAAUUCUAAGCAUUUUUGCUUUAAUACAUUUAUCUUAUUUCAUAUAGGUAAUGUUUAAUGACAAAAUUACUAAAUUUAGUGGUCCCGAAAAAAACAGUUUUUAGCUUCUGUCUUCUUUAAUUCAAAUUAUUUUCAAAAACUGUCUUUGCAUCGCUUUACGAUCUUUGGAUAGCGCUUCUAAUGGUUGAUAGCUCAAUUUUGAAGCAUGUUGUAAGCUAAUCGCUAAUCUUACCCAGCACAGCAUGAAGUCAAUUCCCAGCUCGUCGUUGGUGUCACAGCUUAGAAGGUGACCGCUCGAUGCCCGGCAUUUAACACUUUUUGUCACGACCAGCAAAUUUCCUGCUUGUUCAUGGCGACGAAGUUGCGGGGAUGUAGUUCAUCGAAGAUUAUCCUGCCGCGACCUGCGGAACCUAACGACUUUCAGUUUCAUGUUCCAAGUUACUAAUAAAAUAACGAUAUGGAAAGUAAUUAUAUAAAGCCAGUUAUCAUCGCUACAGAUGGUUAUUGGUUACUAUUCAAGCAAUCUAAAAAAGCAAGGCAUCGGUAAUAAUUAGUGAUCCAUUGUUUCAAAAUAUCACAAAUGAAUCGAAUACUAAAGCAGGUCACAAAACAAACCCAACACGAAUACAAUUAAAGAUCAGCAAUAUACAUGGAAACUCAUUGAUUGUGGUAAAGAAUUAUUCACAAAGCUGAAGAAAUCAACAAUCGAACCAAAACUUCUACCCAUCGAUGGGGAAUGAUUCAUUUAGAAGGCUCUGUGUAAUAGGAAGGUGUGGCAAGCAAAUUUAUUUCGGCUGUAAUUUACGCUAGGUUCGUGUUCGGAGUGGGCUUUCGAGUCGAGUGUAUGAGUUAGUUAUACAACCGCGAAUGAGUGACUAUCUCUAAGAGAGCAGUGUGAGUGCUACAAUACCGUCUGAAACUAUGAGUCCACGUUUUCCAUGUCUCUCGUACGCAUAUGAAUCGCUAUAAUAUUACACUCAUCGUUUUUUGAUUUGGUCUGUCUGUAUCAUUGCGAAUGGGCAUAUUUAUGACUAAAGAAAUACGAGAAAAAUAAAAAACGUUUUAUAUGAUGUCUUCCAUAUAGUAUUAAUGAAAUGAGAAUUAUUAAUUUACUUUCCAGUUUUGUGAGAAUGCGAGCAGUAGGCAAAUGGCAAAGAAGAAAAAGCAUAAUGGAUACCUUGGAGAGGUGUUUGUUUAUUUAAAAAGUAUAUAUAGAAUCUAUGAACUCUAGUUAGAAUGUAAGGUAAGAAGAAGAGGAAAUAUUUUAAAACAGUAAGUAAGUGAACAGUUAAAUCUAAACCAAGACCUGAAUCCACUUAGGCAAAACGAAAUGACAUGGGAUGGAGUCGCGCAAAUCGCAAUCUGAACAGGACACUGUCUCCUCUCGAUAUCCUACCAGGCAGUGACUUUGGCAUCCUGUAAAAAGAAAUCGCUCUAGUUCUUGUUAGUGGCAAAGCACUGCAGGUCGAAGGAAUACCACAAUGUCCUGAUAAAAAAGAAUAAAAAGAAACUUUCAGUUUUGGAUCAAGUUUUAAUUCCAAAAUAAAAAGCACAGUCUCUGACAAAAACUCUUGGAAGAUAAAAAAAACAGAAACAAACAAAAAUCUAUAAAUAUGUUAUAUAUCAGUGAAAUACUAUAUCAAAAUGAAACAAACCAACCUUAGAUAGUUCGAUAUCAUAAUUGCAUUUACCAAAGUAAGAUCAAGUCAUACAAAAACCACACACACACACAGGAGGAGACAAAGUCACACAGAAUAUCCCCAGCAGCAUUCCGAUCGAAUUUCAUGUUUGGCUGGCGGCCGUUUAUGUAAAUAUCAAUUCGAAGCCACAACAUGUCAUCGUUACAUACAUACAGAAAUACGAAUUCAUGUCAAUCUUAAUCGAGGUAACUUUUUAGCUGUCUCGGGAUAUUGAACACCGGCAUUGCAUUGUAAUUAACCAAAACGUUGUUCCAUUACUCCAUCGUACUAGUAGCAGGUACUCGUUUUGUUUGGACUCAUUUUGUUGUCAAGAAGUCUUCAGUUGAAUAGGAAAAAUGAAAUCAAAAAAUAUCAAAUAGUUAUCAUUGUGUCAUGCAUCUGAUUAUCUUGGGUGGAAUUAAAAUGAAUGAUCGAGCUGUGGAGAGCAUA